AGGUUAAUUUUUGCAUGAAGCCUAUGAUUGUUUCUCAGAAAAAUGUACAAAUCCCAAUACAUUAGCGGCCAGAGAGAAAAAUUCGUUAGGUUAGAUGAUAUAGAUUCAAGUUCUUCUCCUGCCACUGGAAUGAUGAUGCAGAGAAAUUGUUUCGGAUUUAACCUAAAGAACCGGGGAGGUGAAAAGAAGAAAGCAUCCAAAUCUUUCAGGGAAGGAGUCAAAAAAAUCAGAUCAGAAGGUCUAAUAACCAUCGGUAAAUCGGUAACAAGAGCGGUUUUUCCAGAAGAUUUAAGAAUUACUGAGAAGAAAAUCUUUGAUCCUCAAGACAAAACACUUCUCAUAUGGAACAGAUUGUUCGUCAUUUCGUGUAUUUUAGCUGUCUCAGUGGAUCCAUUAUUCUUCUAUCUUCCCAUUGUUGAUAAUUCCGGAAGCAGCUGUAUAGGGAUUGACACGAAACUAGCUGUUACAACGACGACCCUUAGAACCAUCGUUGACGUUUUUUACUUAACUCGAAUGGCUCUUCAGUUUCGUACAGCUUAUAUAGCUCCUUCCUCUCGUGUGUUUGGUCGUGGUGAACUUGUGAUUGAUCCUGCAAAGAUUGCGGAACGGUAUUUAACCCGUUAUUUCAUCGUUGAUUUCCUUGCAGUGCUUCCUUUACCGCAGAUUGCGGUAUGGAAGUUUCUUCACGGGUCUAAAGGAUCAGAUGUGCUACCGACGAAAACGGCAUUGUUGAACAUUGUAAUCGUGCAGUAUAUUCCGAGAUUCGUGAGGUUUAUUCCGUUAACAUCAGAACUGAAGAAAACUGCAGGAGCUUUUGCUGAAGGAGCUUGGGCUGGUGCUGCUUAUUAUCUCCUCUGGUAUAUGCUUGCAAGCCACAUAACUGGAGCGUUUUGGUACAUGUUGUCAGUGGAACGUAACGAUACUUGUUGGAGAUUUGCUUGUAAGGUCCAGCCAGAUCCGCGACUCUGUGUUCAGAUUUUGUAUUGUGGGAGUAAAUUUGUGAGCAAUCGAGAAACUGAAUGGAUCAAAACAGUCCCUGAGCUUCUCAAGAGCAAUUGUUCUGCUAAAGCAGAUGAUUCAAAGUUUAACUAUGGGAUAUACGGUCAGGCUAUAUCUUCAGGCAUUGUAUCAUCAACAACAUUUUUCUCCAAGUUCUGUUAUUGUCUAUGGUGGGGUCUUCAAAAUCUCAGCACAUUAGGUCAAGGACUGCAAACAAGUACAUUUCCAGGAGAGGUUUUGUUUUCCAUUGCGAUUGCUAUAGCUGGACUUCUUCUUUUCGCGCUUCUUAUCGGGAAUAUGCAGACUUAUCUUCAGUCACUUACUGUUCGUCUCGAGGAAAUGAGGAUCAAAAGACGCGACUCGGAACAGUGGAUGCAUCACAGGUCACUUCCACAAAAUUUGAGGGAAAGAGUCAGACGCUAUGAUCAAUACAAAUGGUUAGAGACAAGAGGUGUAGACGAAGAAAACAUAGUUCAGAGUUUACCUAAGGAUCUCAGAAGAGACAUCAAACGCCAUCUCUGUCUAAAUUUAGUUAGGAGGGUUCCUCUGUUUGCUAAUAUGGAUGAAAGAUUACUUGACGCGAUCUGUGAGAGAUUGAAGCCGAGUCUUUACACGGAAAGCACUUACAUUGUGCGUGAAGGAGACCCGGUUAACGAAAUGAUGUUCAUAAUCCGAGGCCGGUUAGAAAGUGUAACAACAGAUGGAGGACGAAGCGGUUUCUUCAACAGAGGGCUAUUGAAAGAAGGAGACUUUUGUGGUGAAGAACUUUUGACAUGGGCACUUGACCCUAAAGCAGGCUCAAACUUACCUUCUUCCACGAGAACAGUGAAGGCUCUGACUGAAGUAGAGGCUUUCGCUCUUGAAGCUGAAGAGCUGAACAAUGGAGAACUUGGGCUUCUUGCUUCAUCCAAGCUGCUUGGCGUCGCUAUUCAAGAAGGAAAAAACGCUGAACUGAGACGGAUUGAAGAAGAAGAAGAAGAAAUGGGUUAUGAAGAUGAGUAUGAUGAAGAAAGUGACAAGAGGCCUAUGGUUAUCACAAGAACUGAGUCUUCUUCUAGACUGCGUUCAACGAUAUUUGCAUCAAGAUUUGCUGCUAAUGCAUUGAAAGGGCACAGACUAAGGAGCUCAGAGAGUUCAAAGAGCUUGAUGAAUCUGCAAAAGCCUCCGGAACCUGAUUUUGAUGCUGAAUAAUCCAAUUCUUGAUCAGAGGCCAACAUCAGAAUA